AAAACCAAAAGUAUGAUACUUCAUUUCGCAAAAUCUCAUUUACUCUGCUAAAAGUCUAGCAGAUCCGCUUAUGUCAAUCUUUUGUUCCUUCUUUUUUUUAUUAAUAUCCAUUUCAGACAACUUCUCUUGUAUGAUACAAUCAGCUUAUUCAGAAUGAAAGGAUCCACGUCUAAUCGUCCGUCAAAAAACAUGAAGGGUUUGUCGACUCGUACGAUAUUGGAUCUUCGAUUUGAGGAAUGUGUAACAAGAAGAAAAUACAAAAUUUGGAAUGCCAAAGUCGUCUAUCGUUUCGAGACUUAAAGAAAUCGAGAGGUGUAUUACGAAUAUAACAGAACUACAACGAAUGGAGAAAGUACAGUUUCAGGGCGAAUGUGCUAAAAUAAAACUAAAGAAACCAUGUACUUGUCUGCAUCAUAGAGAAACUGUAAAGAGACUACGUGAUAAUUGUGUUUGUACGAAUAAUGCGAACACAGGAGAUUUUUGUGGUGCUAAGAUUUGUCAGCCGCAACGUCAGCCAUGUUUUUGUAGAAGUUCUAAAUUAAAGGGAACAAUGGAUUACUCAAUUAAUAAUAAACCGCGUCCUUAUAAUUUAGUAGAUAAAAAUUCAAGGAAAUUAAACGAACUAAGUACAAACUCGAGAAUUACUCGGGAUGAUGAAACAGAUGUUACGACUGACGGGCAUGGGGAAGGAAUUCAAGUCUCGUAUCAGGAUACUCAGGCAAAUACUAUUUCCAAAAGUGGGAAUGAAAAUAAAAUAGUCAGGGAAAAUAACACAGAGAGAAAUAGCGAAGAAAAUCAUGAAGGUAAUUCUACGAAAGAUUCGCUUGAUAAAAAUCUAAACCAACAAAAUAGUACGUUGGUCGUAAGUGAGAAUCGAGAAAUGUUUCAAAAUGAGGAUCAUCCAGAUGAGACUAGAGGUAACAAAUCUUUUAUAGGAAAGGAGAUAACAAGCAAUGAGGACGUAACAAAGAAACCUGUGAGAAAGCAACAAAAAAGCAAAACUGACGUACCUGAACUAAGGCCGAAGGAAAAUAAUUCAGAAUUGAAAAUUCAGGAACAUCUUGAUAGUAGUAGUAUUUCCAAGGAUAAAUUAAAAGAAGAGAAACAAAGUGACGAAUAUGCUCAGGAUACAUUAAGCCAAUCACAAUUUCAAUGGUAUGAAAAGGGAAUUGACUCGUCUUUUGCUAAGAGGAAUUUCGAACGAUUACAAAAGGAUCUAAUGAACGAGAGAAAGCGUACUCAAGAGCUUGAAGAAAAAUUGAAAAUUAUGACGUGUAGUAUAGAAUGUCUGAAGAAAGAAGGUGAGCAGCGAGCAGCAUGUAUGAGAGAAGCUAUGGAGAAGGCUGAAGAACAAGCUAGUUUGGCAGCAAGAUCCAGAAACGUAGCAAUGGAUCUAGCAAAACAAUCCAGAGACCAAACGGACAUUAUGAAAGCCAGUAAAGAUGAAUUACAGAAGCAAGUUUUAACUCUUCGAAAAGAGAUGGACGAUGUUAUGUGUAAAAACACACAGCUGAAAUGCGAAUGCGAGGAACUUAAGUGUCAACUAAAAGCUGCGUGUGAAAAUGAAGUAAAAAAAUGCGCAGAAGUCGCUGACGAAGUGGGCAGAAUUAAAUGUGCUGUGAAACAGAAGGAGGACAUAAUGUCCACUGAAAAGAAUGAAUUGCAAGAGAUGAUUACGGAAUUGACAAAUGUUGUAAAAAUACAAAAGAAGAAAGUAUGCGAAUUAACAGGCAUUUGUAGUAAGCAGCAAGAAAUGCUCCAGAACAAAGAUGCGUGUAUUCAGGAAAAAGAUGCCGAAAUGUGUGAUCUACAGUGUAAAUUAAAGUCUACCGAAUGCAAGUGUCAUGAUGUGGAAGAGGAAAUACAGACGUUAAAAUCUUGCUUACACGAAGAAGCCAAAGCAUGUGAUAAUUUUAAGCGAGAGUUGGAGCGCUGUAAGGAGAAUUAUUGUUGUGAAUUAAAAAUCAAAGAUAAAAUUAUACUGGAUCAAGAGGAAACCAUUAAGAAACUUAAGAAGCUUCUACAAGAAAGUGAAAAAAUCGCUCAACAAGCUGCACGAGAAUUUGAACAGCUCACCGAUCAGAUAUAUUCUGAGAAGCAAACAAAUUGCUCAUUGAGACUUGCAUUAGAGACAGCAGAAGCUGAAUUAGCUAAUAGUACUGGAGUACAAUGUAAACAGUGUGAAGCAUUGGAAUCUGAUUUGGACUGUCUUAGACAGCAGAAACGGAAAGCUUUAAUGGCUGCAAAAUAUGCAGCUGAGAAAUUGUGUGAAACGACUAAGGAAUAUCAGAGAGAGAUUGAAUGCGAGAAAAGACAACAAAGAUUUCUUACAAUUGUGGUCCAUAAAAAGGAAGAAGAGAUUCAAUGCUUGAAACAAGAGAUUCUAUACAGCAGACAGACCGGAAAACGUGGAUUAAAUAAUUAUAUGGCUUAACAUAGUGGUUCUUCUGAUAUUGGAUAAAAACUCACUGUUUCAUGUAUUGUGUAGGACAAUGAGUAGAAGUAACAACAAAGAUGUAAGUAAAUCAACUACCAUGUAUAGGUCUGGUACAAUAAAAUCAUCGUAACGUUUUAAGAAAUAUGAUUUACUAA